GACAACUCGCAUUCUCCAAAUCCAACAAAAGCAUUUUAAAAUUUGGCGUGGGUGUAGAAAACAAAUGGUAUGACGGAGGACGAAAUUUCCUGCGUUCCCACUUUGCUUCAGAUCGAAUUUGAACCACUCGAAUCCAUCCAUUUUUAUAUGGUGAAUUAUAUCGCCAGCGUUUCUUGUCCAUCCAUGUGGCAGAAUAUUGAGCUUCCAGACGAAGACUAGCGGCAGAACAUUUUCCUGGAAGGAGGUAUGAAAAUGGAGGCAGCUUUUACGCCUUCAACCCUAUUUAAGGGUUCCAUAUUUCUUUGCAGGUUUAGGAAAAGAUCAGGCUGAAUCUGGCGGAAAUGGCGAAGAAAGUCGAAGAGGCGAUGGGAUUUGAGGACUAUUUGCCUGUAAUGGCGGACAAAUUGGGGGAAGAGGAAUUUAUGGGGGAGCUUUGCAAUGGCUUUCGUCUUCUGGCAGAUGCGGAGAAAGCCGUGAUAACUUUGCAGAGUUUGAAGAAGAAUGCAAAUUUAUUGGGGAUGGGAGAGAUGAGUGAAGAUCAAGUCAGAGCGAUGAUUGAAACGGCUGAUCUGAAUGGCGACGGAGUUCUUGACCAGAAUGAGUUCUGUGUUCUCAUGAUCACGCUCAGCCCUACCUUGAUGACACAGGCUCACAAAUGGCUAGAAAAUGCCCUCACUCAAGAACUCGAGGGUGUUGUACAGUAAAACAGAGACUAUUUUCUUUCUUUUCUUUUCAAAAUUCCUCAUAAAAAUGACUGUAUUAGGUGUUGGGAUUUUCCAUGGAACAAAUAUUCCAUCUAUGCUCAAUUCCAAAAUCGAAAUGAAGGAUUUUUUUGUGGUUACAUUUAGUUUGUAAACAUUAUCAGAUUUAUGUGAUUUUUUGGGUUGUCUUUGUAUCCCACUUAAUUGUUUAUAUCUAUUGUUCUCACUUCUAGAUAGUAACAACUUAUGCUGUAAGGUCUGUUAUGCACCAAAGGGUUAAAAAGUGGGUCAUUACAAAGUGUGAGAUGUCCCAAUAACUGUACACGGCCAAUACUAAUGGACAAAUGUGGGUAACAAUAAAGGUGCACAACUCUUUCAAUUAAUGUCCAAAAAUUCUAACUAAUAGGGGUAAAGUAGACAGCUAGUGAACACUCAUUGAAACAUGGAUGGUAAUUGGUGCUCUUCACCUAUUUUAUUUUUGCUUUUGGGCUGCUGGGCAAGUUCCUAUGGGAAUGCUUAGUUUCUUUUGGGUAAGAGUUAUUGUGCAAUCUAUUUAAAAAUUGUUUAUGGAACUUUUUAGUUUAGUUC